AGUCUAUUAUAAGAUUAAAAAGGGAAAACACGAGGCCAAAUUUUCACGCAGAUACAAUUUACUAUAUACAGGUUGGAGCAGGAUCGUAUCAUGAUCGUCUAUUGCGGUGAAUGACCAUAAACAACACUAUACAUAACAUAACGAGUUAUCAUAAUGGCAACCUGGCUACAAGGUUGGCAUAACUUGUAUAAAAGCCAUAAUGGCUCUAGGGUGGUUAAAAAGUGACAGUUUCUGGGCUCCUAACAUGAUAUAAUAUAUAAAAUGAAACAAACCGACCUGGCUACAUGCAAUAUCUGUCCUGAAGAAAUAUCUGAAGGUUUCUCCUGAUACCAGAGGUACAUGAUCCAAAAUUUGCUACAGUCAUUGGUUGUCAUUGGAUGCACUGCCAUUAUAGUAAUUGAAGCCAAAAGAUGGAGUUGAUGAUAUUUAGUAGGUUGCAGUGAUAGAUGCUUCCUUAAACUCAGGGACCUAGAAAUAGUAAAAAUGAAAGAUUACAAUGCAAGUUUUAAACAUCCUUAUAUGUAUCUUGACCAUUGGGGCACAAUUUUUGAUUUCAGAAAGAGUACAUCUAAAAACCCUUUCUGAUCACAAUCAGAUGUCACCUUUGAUCAUAUCAAUAAACUACACAUCAUCAGUAGUAGAGUAUCAAUAUAGAGAUCAAGAUGACUCGUUAAAAUCUUGGAAUCUGUUUUAUGAUCAGAACAUUCAAAUAUUCAGAAGUGCAGUAUUUGGGGAAAUUGUGCUUGGUCAACCAAUAUACAGAUUUACCUGUUUUAUGCUGUCAUUAGAUGGGAAUAAUGUUGUACCAUUUAAAGCUUUUGAUAAGCUUAACCAGACGUAUCUCAAAAAUAAGCAAGAAGCUGACACCGAACUUGCUUUGCAAUUUUAUUUACUUGAUAGCAGCAUUUUAAAGUCACAGCUUCAAGAUUAUGGCAAUGAAGUAUUUAAAAGUUGCUUUGAGGCCUCAGAAGUGUACACAACAAGAAAGGAUAUCAUGAAAAUUGCAGAGAGAAACAAGAACUUCAAUUUGUUAUCUACUGUUAAAUUUUUAAACAAUCAGCCAUCAUUAUCACUUAGCCAAUUCCCUUAUUGUCACAGUGCACCACCAGACUGGUCACCAAGUUGCUUAUGUGUCACAAGUAUAAGUAUCAACUGGUACCCUUGUUCCUAUAAAACAUGUCAAAGCGAAAAUGGGGAAAAGUCUGUUUGUGGUAUAGAGUCGUGUAAGCAAACGCAUAGAUUUGUUUAUCUGGUCGAGAAGCUGAAGUUGUGUUUUUAGUUAAAGAGUUUUGUACAUGUAAGUCUAUUAGUAUUUUUCACUCAAAGUAAAAGCUGCAAACUUUUUUGUUUGCGUUGAAUUGGUAUGCUUUAUUAUAAUAAUUAUGAUCUUUUAAAAGUAGUUUAGACUUCUUUUUUUAUAUAAGAAAAUAAUGUGUUUUUAUUUUAUAUUUGUAUUUAAAAUAUUUAAUACAUGCUUUAAUUUGUCAUGGAUUAGUUGGAUACUAAAACCUUUCUUGUUUUAAAAUUUCCUAAUUUUUUGUAACUAUAAGUUCUGACUAUAUUUAUAUUUUGCUUCAUUUCCAUGCAUUAUGUCAUUAAGUACAUGGUUAUCAUUACACAAUAACAAAAACACUUAUAGGGUAGAAGUUGGUUGGACAGAACAAUAUUUUCGUGAGGCAAACAUUUUUAUGGGGAUGUGUUGACUUCCCUUAAUUUAUUUAAAAAAUCUACCUAGUAUCGUAUCUCUUUGACAUUUCUUUGAGUCAAACCUGUGUUGCGUCCAUGUUUUAUCUGGACGUAUUCAACCUAUUGAGACAACAUUUUGCCUGUCUUUUCCGGUACAAGAUUUCAUCAAAUUAUACUUCCUCAAACAACACAGUUGGUAUUCUCGCCUCAGAUAUAUAAAAAUGUUUGUGUUAUACUCACGUUUUCAGGGAUUUUUGAAAAUUUUUUUGCAUUCGCAAACUGAUUUAAUUGAAAUCCGAUCUAUUUUUCAUACUUUUGCCUCCAAAUUUCUGUACUAACGGCGACUAAAUAAUUACCAGACUUGCUGUAUUUAAAAAGUUGCUACAAUUUAUUGAAAAACUCUUGCAGUCACGUCGCAAGAGCAUACCUAGCCAUUAAUCAGUUUGCGUUGUCUUGUUUUCUUUGUUGAUGGUGGCGUCCACUAUGCAGGUGGUUUAAAACUAUAUUCAUCAUCCAUUAUUUCCCGUGUCCAUUUUUAUUGCACAAUUCAUCUUGGAGUUAUACCUGUGCAUCGUCGAACUUGUCACUGCAUAAUUAAACUUUCUCUUCUCUCUGAGAAGCAUCAUUAUCACAAAAACCAAAGAAAUAUUUUCGAAAAAUUUUGCAAUCCAAAUCAAAUAAAAUCCCAUGUUUUCAAAAAUCAACUGGGUAAUCUUUGAGAACUUCGGCACAAAAUAUCGGUCUUUUUGCCAAAUAGUUAACCUAGAUUCUUCCUUUUUUCUGAUUUGUCAGUAGCUAUAACCUAACUUCUUUAAAUAAUUCCGACAACAGCACAGACAGAUAGUCGUUAAGAUGUAAUUGUACAUUCUUCUUUUCUUAGCCCUAAUUAUAUAUUUGUUAUACUUUUCUGUCAAUGAUUUAGACCUACCAAAAUUUGAGCGUCUUCUUGAUUAUGGACCGUAUCAGCAAGUCAAAAGGCAAACCGUUCUUAAGUUACGCAAUUUUUUGGAUUUUCAAAAUUUAGACUACACUGGAAAAAAUAUUUUAAGAAAAUGUGAUAAAAAAGUUAAUUAUAGGCCUUCUUUUAUUAUUUUAUAUCUCAUGUGUUUUUGUUUUAGUGUGUUUCUUCUUUGAAAGAUUGCCACCUGCGUGCGUCCAGGCCGGUCGGGAAAAUUUACCCCUGCGAGCGCUGAAUGGCUCACAUAAAUUAAUCCGCGUAAGCAAUCCACGCGCGAUCACAAAAGCUUGUACAAAUUAAUUUGAGUGAGUGAUCAAAAAGUUUAAAAUAUGUUAUUCCUUGUUUAAAUGCCUAUAUUUUAGUGUUAGGGUCCCUUUCCUCGUUGUUUUAUUGUGUUGCAUAACGAAAGAUGUGUGUUCUUAUUACCGCCAUAUUGAAUUUGUUUACUUAUAAUUUCAGUCUAAUAAAAGUGGGAACAGCAAACUAUAAUUAUCAAGGGAGGAAAAACAAUAGGCAUUUCCAGAAGACUAAAAAAAGAGAAGUAUUAACAAGACUUGAGUCAUUUAAAAAAAUAUUUUUGUUUAAAGUUUAAGAUCUUUUACAACUACUCCGAAUCAGAAAAUACAACAACGCUGCUGUCAUUAUCGGUACUGUUGCUGUCUUUAUUGUCUUACAAGGAAAUCGUGGUUACAUUAACUGAGCUGGAACAGGACUUCUUAUGUGGUGGUUCCCACGUUGUGCAUUUCUUAUUCAAGAUAUUUUAUUAUAGUUAUUUCUGUGAUCUUCCCUUUCUUUUUCUGUCCAGAUCUUGUUAUUUAAAUUGAUACACAAAAGAUUCUCGAUGCUGAUGUAGCUCGUGCUUAACCUCCUAAUCUGAUAAAAGAAGUGUAAGUAGGAUAAAUGCUACCUCCAUCCUAGAGUUUACUGCUUAAAUACACAUAACUAACUCAGCCAACAUUCACAACUUUGGAAACUCAGUACGUUUGAAGGCUAGCAUUGUCUCUUCCCCCAAAUUGAUUGGCUUUUAUGAAGCUUCUUAAUGAACGGAAGAGCCACAACUUCAUCAUACUCAACAAAAUCCAACAACUGCGUAAUACAUACACAUGUAUGUACGUACUGUACUGUAAAUGUAUGUACAUGUACAUACAUUUCUUUUAUCUUAUCAAACCCAAAAUAUUUAUUGUCAGUAGGCCACCUCUUACAAUCGAACCAUGUCAUCGAUUCUAAAACUGGCUCCUGAAAAUCAGCAAGCUUCGCUUCAAGUAAUUCUUUUAACAAAUUGCAAACAUCUUUUUUCUUCCUAUUGACUAAAUUUGCAGAAUCUUCGUUGAGGUAUGUAAUAUUUUGAAAUUCGAUGGUGAUACGUUGCUUGUUGACAUUUUCUUUGUGACCUUCCUCACCCUUAGGAAGAUUUAGGCAGAUCGUUUUCUAUACGAAAAGAUGCUAGAUAUCUCACAAGCAUGUCUUCAUCCAUGUCCGAGGAUGCCAUCCAGAAUACAGUUGUCAUUUUGAAUUGUACUAUUUGUCUCAUGUAUCAUAUUUUUUCAAUUGUCAAUGUUUUCUUGUGAGGUUGAGAUGCAAAACAAGUUUAAUAUAACAUUUCUUUAGAAACAAUAAUAUACAUGUAUGUAAUAUACAAGAUAUUUCAAUUGUGACUGUCCCCAAAGACCAGCCAAAGCAAUCCUGCCUCUCAAAUUACGUAAUAGGUCAAGUUACAAUAAUUCCAUUUAAGAUUAUCUUGAAACGUGAACAUAAGUAGCUUUAAAAGUAGGUAGCUAGCUAGGUGGUAUAUUUAUAACAUAACACUGAGCGCUAAAUGUUAUAUCUUGAUAUCUGAGGCAUUUAUCUAGUUAUUAUGCACACAACAAUCCAGUUAAAAACAUCUCUAAUCGUGCAACAAGCAAGUCUUUAAGAAUGCGUUUGCUAUACGAUCUUUUCAGGCAGUGUUACGAAUAAAAAUCAACCAUCUUGGUCUUACACUAACAGUUGCAAAGUGUGUUGUUGUUGCAACCCACACUUGGAAUGCAUGAUUCGAUUUAAUUUCAGCUAACUAUAUGCAACAACACACCAUCAGUUGCAUCAGUUCAGUUUUUUCACUUUAUUGGACUUAGUUUAAGUUUAAUACAAGGUCUUGAUGUAUGCAAAAACAUUUUAACACCAUGAUGCAAGUUGAUCCUGGCCCGUCAAUUGACAGGCCACUGUGUCUAUAGAUGGGCUGUUCCAUCUAUAGACGGACUGUGUUCUAAAUUGGGUCAGAAUGAUAAUACUUCACACUUGCACGUCUUCAAAAUAAAGAUCGCAAGGCUUUGUUGUGUUGUUAAACACUUGGGUUCUUGUAUGCAACCACCCUGUUUAAUCGAUAGAAUAUAUUUAGAACAAACCCACCCAGCUAAAACAAUGUGUUAUUAAAUACAUUUUAUCUGAAUAAAUAACAUAGAAUAUAAAGCUUGUAGCAUAAAAAAUAUUAUGCUAAAUCCUGCUCAUAGCACCUGAAAUGUAACUAGGAUUUGUUUAUAUUAAUAUAAAUCCUAUGUUUUAUACAAUGGCUCUAUUGAUCCGUAAAUUUGUUUACCCCAGGUGAGUUGCAUGGGCAUUGUAUUAGAGCAUGAGCAAGAAACUUGGUGCAAAACGUAAUUAAAACCUAUGAAGGACAACAAUUGUACAGAAAGGAUAGAUAAGUGUUUCAUGCAAUGCUUAAACUUAAAAUUCUAUCCUUUAUUAUCAACACUCUUUUUCUUGGCUCCUAAUCUCUUGCGAUGCACAAAACGCCUCUCAUGGGGUACUCAACGUAUUAAACAUCCGUAUAUGACCACGAAAACUAUACAAAUUAGUGUGGUUCUAUAGCCAUUCAUCCUUUCACACCAUUCACUAGUAAGUAGGAGAUUGCUAUGCAGACAUGUGAUUUGCAGUGCUACCAGCUUGGUACGCAGCUAAAUCACUUAGGUUUACUGUGUUGGGACCUACCAUUAUGCUUCACCUUUUAUUUAAACCAUAAACUAUUAAUUAGCAUAGAAAGGUCAAAGCAGAUAAGUAUAGAUAUGCAGACUCUGUUAUUUUUGUUAUAUGAGGGGUGACUGAAGUUGUUGUAAAAUUAUUCACCGUUUUUUUUUCAUGCUCGCUAUAAGUAUGCAAGAUUUUUGAGUGCUGUGAUUUCUAAUUGUGUUCGAGGAAAUUGUGCACGUUUAGAGCUGCUGGUUUGUAAAAAAUUUUUAAAUGACUUUUGUUUUUUCAUUUUCUUUCAUUCCGGUUUACAAGCAAAGUCAUUGUGUUCUUGUAAAAUGUUGAUAUUGAGGUGUUUUACUUCUUCCCUACACAAGUGUUUUUACUUUUUUCACACUGUGUUUUGCAUGAGCUUAUCAUGUUUUUGUGGUGUUCAUUAGUAUUGCUGCAAGUAACUAACUACUGCAAGAGUACAUGGUCCACCCUUAAACUGUUGGAUGGGCCAGAGCGAUACUUAUGAAUGAAGUAAAUGGCUCUUUUCGAGAUGAUUCUUUUUCAGACUCUACAGAAUAUAUAUUUCUUGUCCUCUGACCUUAUACUGGUAAUUUUUGACUCCAUGUCAUCCUCAAAAAGUUGAGAGUCCACCUAUAACUGUCACAUUUUACGGCAUACCUGAGAACAGAUCAUUAAGCUAAUGUGAUGGUUAGCUUAAAUUACCAGGGCAGCAAUUUUCACGUGACUCCUCACUUUUUAAUAUCAACUUUUUUCGAUAAUGACUCACACAUUUUACAUUUCGCCACCAAAAUAAAGAAUUCAGAAUAAACUUUUUCCUCAUGAAAGAUCUAACAAAUAAAAAUAGAGCUUGCUCGUUUUACUUCAUCGUUUUUUGAUAAAAUGAACCAAGACGAAUGAUCAAACGUUCUAAUAUUCAAAAAUCUCAGAAACCACACAGCUCAGCCAUUUUGAUACCUAGAAGACAGUCACACCCUAGAUGGAUUAUACAACAAAUCGAUAAAACGGGUAAUAUUGAAUGUUUUAUAUGCGUCCAGAUAAAAUCCUCACAGUUAUUGUUCCUGCCAAAGUAACUGACACGAUUUAACAUAUAUAACUUUUAUAUAUAACUCUGCCAAACAAAGGUUUUUAAACGGCAAAAUAAUUUUACACAAAUGGUAAAGUUUAUGCCUAACUUGCAGUGCAGCAACAACAACAAAAAUAUGUGCUGGUCAACACCUAGAAUAAACAAAAACAGUUUUUCAUGUCAUAUCUUGCAAAAAUGCAAAAAGGUGAUUUAUAUAUAUAUGCCUAGGGCUAUUUCCAUUAUGUAAAGAAUAAGGGUAAUGACAUCAAGCAUCCCUCAAAACGAAGCAGACCCUAAGGAACACAACUUGAUAUAAUUGAAAUCAGAAACCUUUAUACACAUAACGACUCAAUACAUUCAUAAAGACUCGAUACAUUCAUAAAGACUCGAUACAUUCAUAAAGACUCAAUACAUUCAUAAAGACUCGAUACAUUCAUAAAGACUCAAUACAUUCAUAAAGACUCGAUACAUUCAUAAAGACUCGAUACAUUCAUAAAGACUCGAUACAUUCAUAAAGACUCGAUACAUUCAUAAAGACUCGAUACAUUCAUAAAGACUCGAUACAUUCAUAAAGACUCGAUACAUUCAUAAAGACUCGAUACAUUCAUAAAGACUCGAUACAUUCAUAAAGACUCGAUACAUUCAUAAAGACUCAAUACAUUCAUAACGACUCAAUACAUUCAUAAAGACUCGAUACAUUCAUAAAGACUCGAUACAUUCAUAAAGACUCGAUACAUUCAUAAAGACUCGAUACAUUCAUAAAGACUCGAUACAUUCAUAAAGACUCGAUACAUUCAUAAAGACUCGAUACAUUCAUAAAGACUCGAUACAUUCAUAAAGACUCGAUACAUUCAUAAAGACUCAAUACAUUCAUAAAGUAACAUUAAAUCACAUAUAAACAAAGACUUCAUACAUAAACAAAACAAAGACUGUUUCAGUUAUUGGACGGCUUUUCCGUUGAUCAUGGGUAAGGAUGCUGUUAUGAUUUUUAAAAGUAUAGUAAUAGCAAUAAUAAUUUUAUAUACCGUUUUUCCUCCAAUAAGCGCCGCCCUCUAUUAAGCGCCGCCCUCUAAUAAGCGCCGCACCUAAAAUUCGAAUUUCGAAAUAAGCGCCGCCCUCUAAUAAGCGCCGCACCCUCAAAUGCGGCGCUUAUUAGAAAAUCAAGAGAAAAUGAGAUUUCAAUGCUUUUAUUCGAACUCUAUAGUCUUCUUAUUGCAAUAUUCAUUUACAUUAAGUUCUAAAUAGCUAAAUUUACAUUUCUUCUUAUUAAGUUCCUCAUAAAGAAUGUUUGCAAUUUUACUGUUGGUUGAACAGCAAAGAAACUUGGCAGGGACGACCAAGCCAAGCUCUCGUUUCCUUUUUCCCGUUACUUUUGCGAUCAUCGUGUUGUUUUUAUCAGAUUUCAAAAAUUGUUUCGUUAGUUUGGAUAGUUCAAUGGGUAAAUGUCCGACUAAAAACUCAUCAUCCUUUUCUCCCUUAGAUACUGGUUCGAUCGCGACCUCAGUUUCUUUGACUGCUUCAGUUUCCUUUGCUGCUUUACUUCCUUUGGUUGAUUUUCUUCCUUUGGCUUUGGUUACUUUGUUCGUUUUGUUUGUUUCGCUUGGUUCACUUUUCUCGUUUUCAACCGCUGGUGUAGUACUUGAUUCUGAUUCUGUCUUUUUAUUUUCUUCUGUAGGUUUUUUGUCGGAUUCAUCUUCACCUUUUACUGUAACCUGUGGCUUUAGUUUGUAUACACCUAUGGCGUUUUGAUCAUAUUCUUUGGCCUCUUCUCUUUCGUCUGGUUUGCAGUUAAGUUUCUCUCCCAGAGUUGGAGUCCAAACAUCUUUGUAGACAUGGUGGCCUCGUAUGUUUGUUUCAAACUUCACAAUAAAGGCAAAUGAAAAGAGUCAAAUAAAUCCUUUUGAAAACAUAACUUUCCUUUUGAGAACAUAACAGAUUCGGAUGUUGAGGAUGCAUGCGGGCCGUUUCAUUUGAUUGACUCUGAUCAAGAAAGCGACGAAGAAAUUGAUGUUUGAAAUUAUCUUUGUUAUAUUUGAUAGAAAGAGAACAGGAAAAGACACGAUAAUUCACCCGUUAUUUCUUUCUCGUACGUUACUUACCCCUCUAUAGAACCCCAAAUCUAUCAAAAAAACUUUUACUAAGGAUAGCAUUCAACCAACGGAUUGAAUUUGAAGAAUAGGCAAAAACUUCAGAAACUUGAAAUCUGAAAUUUCGAAAUAAGCGCCGCCCUCUAUUAAGCGCCGCCCUCUAAUAAGCGCCGCACCUAAAAUCACAAAAAUUAAAUAAGCGCCGCGGCGCUUAUUAGAGGAAAUACGGUACUCAUUUAAUACGAACUGCUAAAAUAUUUUGUUUUAUAAACAACAACAUGUCACAAAUAUAAUUAGUAUUCCUUAUGCAAGCCAUAUUCCACAUUUCUGCAAUUAAUCCAAGACUCUUCUUCUGCAGCCUCGCCCCAAAACCCACCUAUUACACACUUGUUUCACAGCCUUACUUUUCUUUCCUUUACUUUAUUCACUUUGGUCAUUUUUUUAGUUUUGACACAGCUUUUCUUUUUCUAGUUCUUUGAUGUUAGAUUUAUUCAGUAAAGGUGUACCAAUUAUUCCUUCUUACCUCUCUGAACGUCUCGACUUUUGUUUUUUGGUACCUUCAAGAUUUUAUUGAAAGAAACUCCUAUAGAAAAAAUCUUUACUAGGUGAAUCUACUGCAGUUGCGAAAAACAGAUAUCUGAGUUUUCCAGAACUUGUUGGAGUUGAAGUUAGUACUGGUAACGCAACAUGUUGUGUUAGUGUCAGUAGUUUUGCGUGUCAUUUAAGGCAACAGGUGAGGCCGAUGUUGUGACAGCUUCAUGAUUUUGGACGAGGAUAUUUCAAAUAAGGAUUCUUCGAUAAAAUAUCCUUGUCAAAAGGCUAUAUGCAUGUGCAAUGAAAGCCUGAAACAGCAGUUUCAAUUGUCGCUAUUUUAAAUAUGUGUGAAAAAUUCCUUAAGGAACUUCAACCGCAUUUAUCCUUGCUUGUUGUUAAUGCAUCCAAGAUGUGCAAGGAGUAUGAAAAGCACUUUUCAACGGCUUGAAAAAAAUAGGAUGUAGCGGUUAAUGUGAUGUGAGCGGUUAUUGUGAUGUGUGUGAUGGAAGGACUCUUUCACCACUAGUUGCAGAUGCUACACCUUUUUUUCUUUUUGUAAACAAUACCAUUUGUGGUUUAUAGACACACGACAUACCAGAUUCGUCACAAUUAUAAAUUUGAUUCAACAGAAAAUUGUGUUUCGCAAUCCAUGUUUCUUAGCUAUCAAAUUCAACAGAAGUUUUGUGCAACUUAAAUCCACGCUUUGAAGCGACACCUUCUGGUUUUCUCAAUGACAAAGGUGGAUGUCUUCUUAAAAAUCUUUGUUUCUCUUUGUUUAAUGGGUAAUUGAUUGUGUUCGUUGUUACAUGAUAAUCAAACAUAACUUUCUUCUAUUUUUAAGGAUUAUGCAAGUCCCUAUAAUGUAUUGCACUAAAUAAUCUCAUCUUUUUCACUUAGCACAGUCCUUCAUCAUUGACGCUCCGUUGAAGUAAUUCGUAAGGAGCAUCAUGCCCUUUGGAUGCUUUCCAAAGAGACAUGAUUUGUUUCUUUUACAGCAUUUAUGGCUUCACAAAUCGCUUUUAAAUCUCAAAUUGCACUGGAAGAUAUGCGUACGCAAUUUCUUGUCACUCAAAAAAGAAAAAAAGGUGAUUAUAUAAUAGAAAAGAUGAACAAAUCGAUGUCAGUGAUUCCAUUUAACAAGGUAAUCGCAUAUCUCCAAAAAGCCAUUUGAAGACCAUGAAGGGGCAUGUGUUGUGCAAAAACAAAGCAAAUGAAGGUUAUUAAAAGUCACAGUACAUUGUUGGCGCGUUUUACCCCACCUUCAGUUCAUUUGGAAAGGGUUAGAAUAUUUUAAAAAUCUUAAACAUCGGGAUAAAAAGCACUUUAAAAGUUGAGAAUAGAAUCUUCAUGCUUAACAUUUUCGUCUUCUCUUCUGUAUUUUGCUUUGUUUAUUUCGGCUACGUUACAUAACUACGCAUGGGUACCAUUUUAUGACUUCUUUUUGCAAAAGUCACAACAAAAUGGGCAAUCUUGUGAAUACUUUCCACAUUUCUGCUUUUUGUGAUGCACCAUUGUCUAAAACCCCUCGUUUUUUUCUGUUUUUUCCUAGCAGCGGACAAAAUCUUUCACAGUUAAAUUAAAAUGGAAUGUCAAACAUUUGGAUUCACCUCUCUACAUAAUCGUUUACUGUAUCCUGUCUUGUUUAAAUGAUUUCUUACUCAUAAUAUGCGUAACAUCACAGAAUUGUAAACAUUUCAGGUAUAAUGCUUUCGUCAUCCUCUAAGUAGUUAGUGUAAUUUCUUUUAUUUAUUUCCGUAAACAAUUUUAUUUUUUUUGGCAUUUUAACAUUUUUUUUUCUUCAUUGACUUCCAUCUCAUCUUUCGCAUAUCGAAGACAAAAAAAAACAGCUCGCAUCCGCAAUUAUGAAAUAACAACACUUUGUUACUUGCUAAUUCGC